CACAUUACCUGCACAUCCCUGUCUGAAAAAGUAGCAGCAAUUUAGUGCUGAGCGAUUCGCACCCACAAACAAGUGGCCCAUGCCCACUGGGGAUAUAUUCUCUCCUUGAUUUUUAUUGCAAUUUUCAAUAAUGCUGCCUCUGCUUAUCCAUUCGUUACUACGUUUCCAUACCUUCAAUGGCUGAUAACCAGCAGGCCACACCAGCGCUGCCUCAGCCACAGCGCACUAUCUCUGACGAGUUUCGUGAGAUUCAGCAUGUCAUUUCGCAAUUUCAGUCUCAGCUGGACAAGGCCGACGGGACCAUCGGACUGCACCCGUUCGGGCCAGUGAACGCGAGCCAAUCCAAGGAGAUAUUUAGACAGGCAGUAGGGCGGUUGCGGACCGCACUGACAACCUAUCGUGACUCCACACUGACAUCCUGGAGCGGGCUUCUGGCCAACAGUGCCAACGCGAUGCAAAUGCCAGACGGCAGCCCGAACCCACUGGCAACUGCGGUGCUAGGAUCAACAAACAGGGCAAUUGCGUCAGCCCAAGAGCUCAGCACCAUGCGCCAAUCUACCGAUGGCUUGCAUGUCGACCUAGUCAAGUGCAAAUCCAUGCUGAUGGACUCUGCGGCAGACGCGAUCUCUACCGCGCUGGAGAGCGGGUUCAAGGGUGAUGCUGAUCUGCUGGUCGACCGGGCCAAGGCGCUGGCCAGCAAGCUUGGUCUGGCCAGCUAUACUGACGAGCAGACAAACAACGGAACCAAGGUGACCACAGUGACCCUGGCCGGAGAGAUCCUUGUUAUCGAUGUCGACCUCAGCGACAACGCCGAUUUUCUCAAAGUCAAGGUGUCAUACGCAUCGGAAACAGAGCACGAUGAGCGGAUCGACGCACUGAUGCUGUCCAAGCUGAAGAAACGCGACAUCCAUGGGUUUGAGCGGCUGAUUGAGGAGAUGGCCGAGCUGGAUAAACUGACAAAGGUGCGCACACCAGCAAACUUUCUACACAACAUGUUCGCAAUGGUCGCGACCCUUAACGAGAUCCAGAAGCAAGAGCUAGCGGCGCUGGACAGCGAUGCCAAGCAGCUGCUUCGGUACGGAUCGGGCAUAUCGCUGCCACACACGUGCCAUGUCGGCUCAUCGUCGCUGCUAUAUGUCCCUGCAGUGCUGAAGGCAGGGAUAUCGGGUGCUGCUUGGGCACAGCUGGCUACAAACACGUUCCCGAAUAUGGCGGUCUUUGACAAGUGCAUCUGGCUGCACUUUGGCUGGGAGCCGACGCAACCACCGCAGUGCUUCUUGUCUGCGCUGUUCCAGCAGCACUGUCUGUCGCCAGAGUACAUGAUUGAGGACUCAGAGUCACAUCGAGUGGCCAGCAUCUCGCACCCAACGAUCCACGGCCUGCAGCUCCGCUUCCUGGAGUUCAUCCGGCGCCAGGCUAACCCUAGCCAAAUGCAAGUAGACUCGGAUGCACAAAAGGCAGAUUUUGACGACAAGUUUUGGGUCCCUUAUCGCGUUGUGGCCAAGCUUGCGCCAUCGAUGCCAGCCUGUGCGCAGACUGUGCGCAAGCUGAUGACUGCUGCCUGUCUGAGCCCAGAGACACAAGACACUGCCAGUGUUGCAGCAACCAUGCAAGACUCACCACGGCUACUUGAGGACGCCCCAACGCUCGAAUACCUGGUCUACCGCCACUCAUGCAAGCAGGAAAGCGGUGGUGAGAGCGUCGGCUCCAAAGACCGGACACUGCCGAAGGUUGUGCACAACCUCGGUGGGGAUCAGGUCACGGUUGAGAUGGAGCCACCCCAGAUCCGCGCGUGGUCUAUCGAGCGCAUUCCGCUUGACCACCUGCGCAGCGUCAUCAGCAUCGUACCAAUACUGCGUCGGCAGGCAGUGUUCAACGAGCUGCUCUCCAGCUGCUUCUCUCAGCAGCAUGAUGUUGAUAGCGGUAGCGAUGAGCUUUCUUCUACCAUCCACAUCUCGGCCCGUGCCUUUGCCAGCGACCCGUUCCGUAUCGAUUUUGUCAUUCGCAAGGCGCCUGGGCAAGAGGAGGCAGCACACGAGGAGAAGCGUGCAAGGGUUGACGAUAUGGCGCCCGAACCAUCCGCUGCCAGCCAGCCAACUGGUGUAGUCCUCAAGGUCGCAGAGUAUACAGGCGACAUUCAGGGCUGGACACACCAGGACCUUGGGAUUUCCCCCACUGCCGACAUGGCAGCCUCCCUCGGCACCGUCGCACCAGACAGCCUCACUGCGCAGACCGCGAAUGCUGCGCUGUCCAAGGUCGCUAACCUGAGCCACAGCAUCCCAAUGAUUGCCAGCUGGCUGAACAUGAAGCAGUGACGCUGCAUGCACACAUGUCGCCAGCAGCAAGUAGCUAGAGUUCAUAUUUAUAGUUGUUGCACUGGUCAAUUCACUAUUCGAGAUC